GAUAUCAACAUGUUUAAACCUACUAUAGUAGCGCUGCUAUAUUUCGCCUUUGUUGGUGUUAUUUCAGCAAAUCCCACUGGGCGUAUAGUUGGAGGCAUUGAUGCUACUGAAGGACAGUUUGCCCAUCAAAUAUCUUUAAGAUACUCAGGUUCUCACAUAUGUGGUGGUUCAAUAAUUUCUCGAAAUUAUAUUUUAACAGCAGGACAUUGUGUGGGUGACGAAGAUGAAGAUGGAAUCUAUCACGUCGAUGAUCCUAAAUACUAUACUAUACGCGCUGGAAGCUCAAACCGCUUAUCUGGUGGUGUUGUAAUUGCAGUUGAAACAAUAACUGUGCAUGAAAGCUAUGGCAACUUCUUGAAUGAUGUUGCUCUACUCAAACUCUCAACUCCAUUGAUUUACUCAGCAAAUAUAAAAGCUAUACCUUUAGCUAGUUCUGAAGUGACACCUGGUGAAAAAGUGAUUAUUUCUGGGUGGGGUCGUUUGAAAACCGGAGGUGAUAUUCCUCUGAAACUUCAGUGGACAACAUUGGAAGCCAUUAGCAAAACUAAAUGCUUGACUACCAUCGGCAUGUUUUCGGAUACUUUAAUAUGCUUGGCUCAUGACCCCAACUUUGGCGCCUGUAAUGGAGAUUCUGGUGGUCCAGCUAUUUACAAUGGCGAAUUGGUUGGAGUUGCUGGUUUUGUAGUUGGCGGUUGCGGUAGCAAAAAUCCUGAUGGUUAUGCUAAGGUAUUCUAUCAUGUUGAAUGGAUUAAAAAACACUCUGAUUUGUGAACUAUGUGCAGUGUACUCAGUAUUUGAAAAAAAAAACAAAUAAAAGUUUGAAAAAUAUGUGGAA